GAGCUCCAGCCGCUUCGCUUUAAAGUGAAGCGUAUAGGAAUUGUCGGCUAGCUCAUUGCCUGGCUAGCUACUAUACAGAGGUCACCCGGACUUUGAUCACAAUGGGGGUUAAAGACCGCCCGCAGUGUUACUUUGAUGUGGAGCUCAACCGGGAGCCAGUUGGGCGCAUUGUCUUCCAACUUUUUUCGGAUGUGUGUCCCAAGACGAGCAAAAACUUUCUCUGUUUGUGCACAGGUGAAAAGGGAACCGGCAAAAUCACAGGGAAAAAGCUGUGCUACAAAGGCUCCACUUUUCACAGAGUUGUAAAGAACUUUAUGGUCCAGGGAGGCGACUUCACUGAAGGAAAUGGAAGAGGGGGAGAGUCCAUAUACGGUGGCUACUUUGAAGAUGAGAACUUCAUUCUCAAACACGACAGAGCCUUCCUGUUGUCGAUGGCCAAUCGUGGGAAGGACACCAACGGUUCCCAGUUUUUCAUCACAACCAAGACGGCGCCUCACCUCGAUGGCAUCCACGUCGUCUUUGGUCUCGUCAUCUCAGGCUUUGAAGUCAUAAAGAAGGUCGAAGGGCUGAAGACUGAUUCAGCCAGCAGACCCUACGCUGAUGUCAGAGUGAUGGACUGUGGGCAACUUAUCACCAAGUCCGCUAAUGAUGUACUUGAAGGCAAAAGGAAAAGAACCGCCCAUUCUGCUGACUCGUCCCUCAAUUCCCACGACUCUUCCUCGCCAAUUUCUUCGUCAGUGGGAUCUGAAAGUGAAUCAGAUGAAAAGUACAAUCAACGCAAGCACAAGAGACAUGCAAAGAGUAAACGAUCUAAAAAGAGAAGGAGGGAAUCAAAGAAGGAGAAGACCAUUGAUGUUCAGCCCGCCAAUCAAAGCUCUCACAGUCCUGUGGAAGGAGAGAUGCUGGAGGGAGACGGUAAAGUGGAGGGGGAGAAGGAGCAGAGUGGGAGGAGAGAGAAACCUGUAGUCCGACCGGAGGAAAUCCCACCGGUUCCAGAAAACCGCUUCCUGCUACGACGGGACAUGCCAUCUCAGGAAGAUAAAACAGAGAUAGUUGAGAAAGAAGAAACGUCUGUUUCAACUGACCCGAAACCAUCAGUCUCCAAGUCUGGACGGAAGAUCAAAGGCAGAGGAACAAUGAGAUAUCACACCCCCACAAGGUCGAAAUCACGCUCUGCAUCUGUGGAAGAACGUGGUAGCAGUGAAACUCCACCACAUUGGAAAGAAGAGAUGAAGAGAACCAAAGUUUAUCAACCUCCGAGCAUUGAGAGAUGGAGCAAAGGAGACAAAUGGGAGGACAGGAGUGACUCUGCAUGGUCCCGGUCUGCAGAGCACUCCUCAGACCGCAGCUCUGAGAGGUCCAGCGUGCGCCGCCAACAGAGGAAAGAGGAGAAGAAAGCCAAACACAAGAAGAAGGCCAAAAAACGGAAACGUGACAAGAAGAAGAGCUCCGAGAGCAAACCUCAAGAGCCUCUCGUGUCAGUGGGUCAAAGGUCGGUGUCUUCAGAGAGGAAAUCCAGGAGAUCCCGCUCUCCAACCCGCUCCUCUUCAAAUAAGCAUAACUCGUCAACUCGGAAGAGACAGCGGUCCUCGCCGUCUUUCAGAGACUCGCGGUCCUACUCUAGAUCCUACACAUCAAAUUCCAGAUCUAGAGGGAGGUCCAGGUCAUAUUCAAGAUCCAGAAGCCUUUCGAGGUCUAGAAGUCGGUCUUUGUCUCGAUCCAGAUCUCAAUCCUAUUCUCGAUUCCGGUCUAGAUCCAGGUCAAGAUCAAGAUCCAGGUCAAGAUCAAGAUCCAAGUACAGAUCUAGAUCUUUGACUCCAACCAGAAAGAAGAGUUUGUCCAGAACCCCAAGGAAGAGGAAAGCCAGCAAGCACAAAGCGGACUCCAUGAUGUCCGAGAAGCUUCCAGAGAUCAAAGUCACACCUGUCCCCAGACUCCCGAGUGUCCCGGCUCCUGAAAGUGCCCCGGUGAUCCCAAUGAGCGACAGUCCCCCACCCUCACGCUGGAAACCUGAUCAAAAGCCCUGGAAGUCCUCUUAUAUCCACAUUCAAGAAAUUAAAGCUAAAGUAACUCCCAGCUCCUCCACUGGACAAACCGUAGCUGGUGUUACAGAAAAAACUCAGACUUUCAUUCCGCCAGGUGACUCUGAAAGCCACAAAACUGCAGGGCGCUCACACAGCAGGUCCUCUAGAAGCAAGUCCUACAGCCGCUCAUACAGUCGCUCAAGGAGCAGAAGCUAUAGUAGGUCCAGGUCCAGAUCCCCUCGUAAUUAUAACAGCAGAUCGUCCUCAUACAGCAGAUCUGACUCAGAAAACUCCCAGAAAACAUGCAGCAACAAAAAGAGUUCUCUAGACAUGGAAUUGAAAGAGCAUCACAGCUCUCUGAUUAGGAUAAAGAAUGUAGAUAAGUACAUUUCACUCACCAGCAGUCAAGAUGUUCAGUCAGGAUCGGAGAAGAGGACAAGCUGUGAGCUUGGUCCUGAUAUUAGUGACUCGAGGAGAAGUGGCUCUAUGGAGAAAAUAAAAGAGAGCGGCAGCUCAAAGGAUCAAGAGACAAAGCACGACAGCUCCAUGCUGGCAGAGCGCUUAAACAGCAGGUCUGAGUGGGAUAGUGACAGUGAUAAAGUCAGCCAAAGCAACAGUGCUACCGGGUCAAAAAAGCAGAAACAAGCAGGUCAGUCCAAUGAAUUGCUUGACAAGAAGUUGUCCGCUCCUACUGGAUGGAAUUCAGAAAGUGAUUCUGAAAAUAUAACCGCCAGGACAUUGGCCAUAUCUGAAAAAGAGGAAGGGGAGGCUAGUUCAGAAUCGGAGGAUGAGACUUCCAGAAAGACGUCAGAGGCAGUGGUUACACUGGCGAACAGGAUAACUGCUGCUUCUGCUCAGCCAGAGGAAAGUCCUGAGAAGGCCCCAGAGCCAGAGAAGCACAAGAGCAAGAAGAAGGCCAAACGUAAGCACAAACACAAGAGAAGAAGUGAGAACAAGAGCGGCUCCCAUCACAGCAAGGACAAAGGAAAGAGAUCCAAGAGGAAACAUCAGAGGCUCAAAGAGACUUUUCACUGGCAGCCUCCUCUGGAGUUUGGAGAAGAGGAGGAAGAGGAUGAAUCAAAACGAGAGAAACCUAGUCCUGGUAGAGUUGUCAAAGAAAGGCCUGGUGUGGGCAGCAUAAAUGAGAAAUGUACCUCUUUAAACAAGAAUCCAAAUUCAGAAAAAGAGGGUGCGCAACAAAGAGCAAAAGAAUGUAUCAACAAAAACCCCAAACACACUGAACUUCAUCUUCAGUCAUCCAAGAGGAACGGUGCUAAUAUCCCCAGUGUCAAAGAGCAGGAGGCUUUAGAGGAUAUGGACAUUUGUACACCAGAGCACGAUGCUGAAAUUGUAGAACAUCCAGCCACACAGGACUUUUAUAAUAACGAGUUAACCUUAAAAUCUACCUCAAGGUCUUCAGAUGUGGCGAGUAGCGAUAGUGCUUUAACCCACAGCACAGAACAGCCUUCUGUUACCUCCACAACCACAGCUGGUGGACCGCAAGAUGAAGCAACCACUGGCAAACAUGCCGGCACUGGAAUGAAUUUCAAAUGGAGGCCUAUAAAAGGAAUGUCGGCUCUACAGAAAGUGAAUGUGCCGCCCGUCACCACAAGAAGCGUCCAACUUCAAGAGACUCCCAACACGCAGGGAGUGAGAAUGGAGAUAAAAAGCAAAAGCCGCGUCCGACCCGGAUCGCUGUUCGACGAGGUCCGUAAGACGGCGCGGCUCAACCAGAGGCCGAGGAACCAGGAGAGCUCCAGCGAGGAGAGAUCCCCGUCACGCACACGGUCAACGAAGAAAUCGGGCUCAGCUUCCAGUCACCGGUCCCGAUCCAGAGGCUGGUCCCGGUCCUACAGCAGGUCCAGGAGUCGAUCCCGCAGCUCCAGCUCCUCUUCCAGGAGCCGCAGUAGGAGUCGGAGGAGACGUGGAAGAGGACGGUCGCACUCUCGUAGCAGCACAUAUCGAAGUUACGGGAGUCACAGACGGACGUACAGUAGAAGUCAUUCAAGAAGUCGCUCAUAUAAUCGCCGUCGGAGAUCCAGGUCAGACUCCUACGACAGCUAUUCCAGUCGGAGUCGGAGUGCGAGCAGGAGACGAGGGCGAAGGCGAAGUGACAGCUACAGGAGCUCAGACCGCCGAUCCCGGUCGUCCCGUUCCUCCAGCCGCAGUUCUUCCAGGUGCAGAAGUCACAGUCGCAGCAGUCGGUACAGUUGAGCCUCAGGCAGGCCGAUGGUUUCCAGUCCGCCCAGAGGAAUCAAAACCACAAAGUCUGGACGCUCUGCACGCACACUGUCACUGUUAUCA